AUGUGUUGCGUCACAACUGACGUCAACUUCAACUGCGUUCUGGGGUCCGACUCAGAUGACGAAUGCGAUGACGACCGGGUUCUCUACAACUUGGCGAUCGAUGCCACCGCUUGGCUUUCACACUGCAGAAUCGCCGGCGAUGACGCAAGAAAAUAUCACUACAGGCAACAGCGACAUAUACGACGUUUUCCUUUCUCAAGGAACGGUCACAUGUUCAUGAUGGAGGCCAUGGGCGAGAAUAGUAAGAUGUGCUUUCAAGAAUUCCGUAUGUAUCCUGCAAUGCUUCGACAUUUGGCUCAUGUGUUGCGCGAUGAGCAUGGGCUACGUACAAACCAGCAUGUUGACACCUACGAGCAAGUUGGCAUGUUCUUAUGUAUAUUAGCGCACGGGAAGGGAUAUCGACAGGUGACAACAAUUUUCCAACUAUUCAUUGGAAACUCGCGCAUGAUUCGUCCCAGUGAGAACUACAACGACGGUGUCGAGCCAGAAAGGCCAUAUCUGAGCAAGCAUCCAUUGUUUGAAGAUUGCAUCGGAGCUAUUGACGGAACGCAUGUAGAAGCUGUGUUACCGCUACAUGAUCAUGUAAACUUCAUAGGGCGGAAAGGGUACUCUGGCAAUACACAUGAUGCGUGCAUGCUAGCACGUGCUAUCCAUGAUCCGAAAAUACAUUUCCCAUUACCGGCCCCGGGAAAGUACUAUUUAGUUGACUCCGGGUUUGCUCAUCGACCUAGGUAUAUGGCCCCCUACAAAGGGUCUGACAUACUUUACGAUUUCCAGCAGUUUCGAGACGAGAGAACAGGACGUCGUCGUAGGUUUCGAAAUGCACGAGAGAAGUUUAAUUUCAGGCACUCGUCCUGCAGAAAUGUCAUUGAACGUGCAUUCAGUGUGUGGAAAGAAAGGUGGAAGAUCUUGGAUCGCAUGCCUAGCUACCCGUUCCGAACGCAAGUAGCCAUUGUAGUUGCGACGAUGGGAAUACAUAAUUUCAUGAGGCGUUCAGGAGUGGUUGACGCUGUGUUCACGAGAGCGGAGGUGGAUGAAGAUGUAGCUGAGGUGGAGCUUCCCAACGUAGAAGAUGAAACACAGGCCGAAAUACAUUCACCGAAAAUACAACGAAGUGAGUGGGACAGACUUCGAGAUUAUAUGGCGCAGCAGCCAUGA